AUGAAUUUGAAAUUUUCUUUAAUUUUGGACAAACUUCGAAUUUACAAAACUGAAAAUGACGCUAAUAAAACGAAUUUAUUGGAUAAUUUGACUGCUUUGAAUUUAGACCAAAAUAAUGCGAAAAAACAAUUAAAUGAACAAAUUAAAAAGUAUUAUGCUCACUUUGAAACAGAACAACAAAAAUCGCUUAAUAAAAUUAAAGCAAAGGAGGCUAAAUUAACAAAGCUUAAGACAGAAAAAGACGAAAUUAAUUUCCAACUCCAAAAUGUUCUGAACGCGUUCCAAGUUCAAAGUCGACUUUUAGAAGUAGCCAGAAAGGAGGCUUUUAAUGCUAGAGAAGAAAGUAAAGAAACUGAACAAAAAUUACAGGACAAGCUUUAUUUGACAACAAAUCAGAGAUGUGCAAACUGUGAGAUUAAACAAAGAGUACAAAAUAAUUUAACUGACCAAAUUGCUGAUUUGAAGAAUAAAAUUGCAAUGAAAGAACAAGAACUUGAAGAAAGAGCAAGAAUUAAUGUAAUAUUUGCUGAAAAAGUAAAAAAAGACAAAGAAGAAUUUAAUAAAAAAGAAUUAUUGGCAAAGAAAGAAUUGGAAAAAGCAAAUAAUUUAAAAAGAGCUUAUUGUGACAAAUUGAGAGAAUAUCAAAAAGCAUUGGAAAAUGAAAGGAAUGGAAGGGCUUCUUCUAUUUCGUGUCAAUCUUUGCCUGAAUCGAGUGCUUUGACUCCUCCUGAAGAGGUUGAUAGAUCUCCUUCAAUAAAUAUUAACAACAAUUCUGAAAUUAAUAAAUCUGCAACUAAAAAUAAUUCUCCAACUAAACAAACUCAAAAAGACAAUUCUGCUGUUCCUCCGCCAGAAAAAAUAAGAAAAACAACAUUUGAAGUUGCUAGGGGUUGGAAGGCUGUUUUGGAUUUGGCUGAUUCUUUAGAUGGUAGCAAUCGACAAAUGAAUCAACCACAACCUAAAAUGCCAGGUACAACAACAACAAUUCCUCGUAUGCCUGCUAAACCAAUUUCUUCUUUGGCACCAAAACAAAAAACUAAAGCAAAAAAGCAACAACAAAAACAAAUAAAUUUACAUCAACUACAACAAACAAAUCAACAAAAUAUGAGAUUAUUUAAUGGAAAUAAUUCUUUACAAAGAAACCCUUCUGAUAUUCAAUCUUCAAGCAAUACUUGGAGAAGUUCUGGAAUUAGAGUACAUGAAAACUUUCAUUCUCACAAUCAAUCUAAUAAAGAGAUGAUAAAUCGUUCUUUGCAAAAUGAAUCAAUGCUUCGACAAAAAGCUGCCCAACAAACACGUCAACAACCAGUUCCUAUUAAUCGAUUAGCUAUGAAUCAACAACCGGGGACUUCCAAUCGACAACAAGACAACUUUACUGUUAAUCGUGACCUUUUACCUUGGCAUGGAACAAUAAUAAAGCAACAACAACCAACUCCAGACUCUACACCAUCAUUAUAUAGGUCAUUUUGGUGA